CACUUCCGGGUGAGCCUGUGGCGGAGGCGGUGGCGGCGGCAGCGGCGGCGGUAGCAGCAGCAGCAGCAGCAGCGGGGCCCGGGACUGGUGGCGGCGAUGGACGUGUCCGGGCAGGACAGCGACUGGCGCAGCGCCAACUUCCGGCAGAAGCUGGUCAGCCAGAUUGAUGAGGCGAUGAGGAAGGCUGGUGUUGCCCACAAUAAAUCCAGCAAAGAUAUGGAGAGUCAUGUUUUUAUGAAGGCUAAAUCAAGGGAUGAAUAUCUUUCUCUUGUGGCCCGACUCAUCAUCCAUUUUCGAGACAUUCACAAUAAGAAAUCUCAGGCCUCAGUCAGUGACCCUAUGAAUGCCCUGCAGAAUCUAACAGGUGGCCCACCUGCAGGAACAGCUGGAAUGGGCAUGGCUUCACGAACACAGGGAGCACCAAUGGGUGGGAUGAGUGGACUUGGGCCAAUGGGGCAACAGAUGAGCCUGCCGGGGCAGCAGCCUCCUGGAACUUCUGGGAUGGCCCCUCAUGGCAUGCCUGGAGUCUCUACAGCUACUCAGCAGACCCAGCUUCAGCUUCAGCAGAUAGCGCAACAGCAACAGCAGCAACAGCAAUUUCAGCAGCAGCAGGCAGCUCUGCAGCAGCAACAGCAACAGUUCCAGGCCCAGCAGUCGGCUAUGCAGCAACAGUUCCAGGUCCAACAGCAGCAGGCGGCGGCAGCUGCUGCUGCCCAACAGCAGCAGCAACAGCAGCAACUGCAAGCUGCCCAGCAGCAGCAUAUGCUGAAGCUGCAGAUGCAGCAGCAGCAGCAGCAGCAGCAGAACCAGCAGCAGAUGCAGCAGCAGCAGCAGCAGCAACUACAGCGAAUUGCUCAGAUGCAGCAGCUGCAGGCAGCUCAGGUUCUGCAAGCACAGCAGCAGCAACAGCAGCAGCAGCAGCAACAGCAGCAGCAAAUUCCACAGCAACAGAUACAGCAGCAGCCACCUCAGCAAGUCAUGCAGCAGCAGAUGCAACUGCAGCAGCAGCAGCAGCAACAGCAACAACAGCAACAGCAGCAGCAAGUUGCUCAGGCCCAACAGUCCCAACUUCCACAACAGCCCCAGCCUCAGCCCCAACCAAUGGUCUCUCAGGCACAGGCAAUCUCAGGACAGAUACCUGGUCAGGUCAUGCCUGUCGCUCUCACACCACAGCAGUUAAAAGCAAUGCAGGUAAGAGCUCAAUUGGUGCAGCAGCAGCAGCAGCAACAGGCAGCGGCAGCAGUCCAAGCAGCUCAAGCCCAGGCUGCUCAGAUGGGAGCUUCAGGGCAGAUGAUCACCGCAACUAUGGCCCGAGGUGGGAUGCAAAUAAGACCACGGUUCCCGCCUACCACAGCUGUAUCUGCCACGCCUCCAAGCUCCAUUCCUUUGGGCGGACAGCAAAUGCCACAGGUCAGCCAGAACAACAUUACCAUGAUGUCAUCCCCUUCACCUGUCCAGCAAGCUCAGACACCUCAGUCAAUGCCACCACCUCCUCAGCCACAACCAUCUCCACAGCCAGGGCAGCCAACUUCCCAGCCAAAUUCAAAUGUCAGCUCUGGCCCUGCCCCAUCUCCCAGCAGCUUCCUUCCCAGUCCCUCUCCACAACCCUCUCAGAGCCCAGCAGCUGCACGAACUCCACAGAAUUUCAGUGUCCCGUCACCAGGCCCUUUGAACACUCCAGGAAAUCCAAAUUCAGUCAUGAGUCCUGCCAGCUCCAACCAGUCUGAGGAGCAGCAAUACCUGGACAAACUCAAACAGCUGUCAAAGUAUAUUGAGCCACUCCGGAGGAUGAUCAAUAAGAUUGAUAAAAAUGAAGAUAGGAAAAAGGAUCUGAGUAAAAUGAAGAGCCUCUUGGAUAUCCUGACUGAUCCUUCAAAAAGAUGCCCUCUGAAGACUUUACAGAAGUGUGAAAUUGCAUUGGAGAAGCUCAAGAAUGACAUGGCUGUGCCCACACCACCACCCCCUCCGGUGCCUCCCACCAAACAGCAGUACUUGUGCCAGCCUCUCUUGGAUGCUGUCUUGGCAAACAUCCGUUCACCAGUCUUCAACCAUUCCCUCUAUCGUACCUUUAUGCCAGCUAUGACUGCAAUCCAUGGCCCACCAAUCACGGCCCCUGUGGCUUCCCCUCGAAAGCGUAAAUAUGAAGAGGAUGAAAGACAGACCAUACCAAAUGUAUUACAAGGGGAAGUUGCAAGAUUAAAUCCUAAAUUCCUGGUGAAUUUGGAUCCUUCCCAUUGCAGUAAUAAUGGAACAGUUCAUCUCAUUUGCAAGUUAGAUGACAAGAACCUUCCAAAUGUCCCACCGCUGCAGCUCAGUGUUCCAGCAGAUUAUCCAGAUCAGAGCCCUCUGUGGAUAGACAAUCCUCGACAGUAUGCAGCCAAUCCCUUUUUGCAGUCAGUGUAUCGGUACAUGACAUCAAAACUGUUGCAACUUCCAGACAAACAUUCAGUCACAGCCCUCUUAAACACCUGGGCGCAGAGUAUCCGUCAAGCCUGUCUCUCUGCUGCAUAACAUCUCCCGCUCCAGAAAUCACAAAGCAAAGAAAUUGGGUCUCAAUGGCUGGCCUCUCACAUGCCACUGAAAAAUCACAGGCAUUUGGGGAGGAAAUUUCAGAAGAAAGAAGCCUUAUGUUGUUUUGUUUCUAGGUUUUGGGUUCAGUAGAGAACCUGGUGUUAGAUUUAGCUUUCAUGCUUUUAUCUUCUGCCUUUGUGAACUUUGCCAGCAUUUUCACAUAUACAGAACAUGUAUAUACUGUUCUUGAUGUAUUAGGAGGAGGUUUUAUUGUCUUCUUAGAGAAGAAAUUAUUUGUAGACUUCCAUCAGGGAGUCUGAAUGAUGUAGAAGGGAGAGGGGAGAAUGUCCUAAUUUUGCUUCAGACUUUGCCCAAUGCCAGUAUUUCUUUUUACACUGUAUGUUGUAUGACAUGAAGUUGCCCCAGGAAUAAAAAUUUGCUGCAGCUAGAAUGUGCUCACAAGCUACCAUAUGGCUGCAGGAGUCUGUUGCCUGGCAACUUUGUUCAGAGAUGGUAGAAAUGCGGGCCUUUUAGGACAUCCCUCAGCUAUAUGAGAUAAAUCUGAAUAAUUACAUUUUAGGAAGGAAACCAAACUUAGGAAAAAUUAUUUUAUAGCUUAUUAUAAACACUACUUUGUAUGAACGGUUGGUUAGCAUGGACCAUGCAUUUCUCACUCGUAGAGGUGGGAUGAUCUGAAGGAGAGGUAUUCAUGUACACACUGAUGCCUUUCCCAAAAAAAUUGGCAGGAGAGAGAAAAAACAGUUAAAUAGUGCUGCAAAUGAAUCCAAAAGGUUGCAGCUAUGUAUCUGCAUUUCUUUGCCAUGGGAAUUGAAUAUUACCUGGCAUUUGUCUCUUAGGCGUUUGGCUCCUCUUGAGAUUGGUGCAGCUCUUUGAAGUGCUUGUAUUUUCUUCUCAUCUAUUUGUUUAAAAAACUGAAUGCAGCUUAGGUCUAGGACUGACAACUGAUCUCGCAUGCUUCAGGCACUGAGGGGCACCCAGGUGUUCAUCAUAUGCUCUGCUGUGGGUAAUGCAAGUGAAACCCUGGUUCAAUAUACAGUGUGAUUACAUUUCAUUUUCCCCAUCUUUGUGGGAAAGAGUUAAUUCCUGAAUGCAAGGAAACUUCAGUGUCUCAAGUGUUCCCAUCACACCCUGUUAUAUUUCCCAGUAUUGUGCAACAGUCCCUGAAGAGUAGCUGGACCCUCUUAAAGUAGUGUCAGGGAAUUGCUGUGGCCUCUGUGAUUAUAUGUGGUGUCAUCAGUUUUAGGAUGUUUUUAAACGUGGGUACUUAGCAAGCACUAAUUGAGGCAACGGAAUGGUAUCUGUUUUGUACAUGAACUAAUGCAUUAUCUGCCUUUGUUUUAUUGUAAUAAAUUUAUUAUUAUUCCUGUGUUUUA